UUCUAUCAAAGAUUUUCUCCCAAAAGCUUCUAUGGCUGAGAAUCACUAUGAAAACCCUCCUCUUACCAUCUCCAGGAUUGGUAUCAUUGGAGCUGGUGUUAGCGGCAUCGCAGCUGCUAAACAGCUAUAUCACCAUAACCCUGUUGUUUUCGAGGCCUCGGAUUCAAUAGGUGGGGUGUGGAGAACCUGUGCUUAUAAUUCCACUAAGCUGCAAUCGGCUCGUAAGGAUUACGAGUUUUCGGAUUUCCCGUGGCCUAACAGAGACGAUCCCAGUUUUCCUACUCAUGUUGAGGUAGUUGAUUACUUGGAAUCAUAUGCUAAGCACUUUGAUGUGUUGAAGUUCGUCAAGUUCAAUUCAAAGGUGAUGGAGCUACGUUUUGUUGGGCAACAAGGAACAACCCAGCUUGGCGGAAAUGGUGGGGCGUAUGGGAGUCCAUUACCAGGCCACCCUGUUUGGCAGAUUGCAGUGCAAACUAAUGGUUCACAAAACCUACAGUGGUAUGCCUUUGAGUUUGUGGUUGUUUGCAUUGGAAAAUAUGGGGAUAUACCCAAAAUUCCAAGUUUCCCACACAGCAAAGGUCCUGAGAUAUUCCAAGGCGAGGUCCUUCAUUCCAUUGAUUACUGCAAACUGGACAAGGAUGCAGCUUCUCAACUGCUGAAAGGAAAAAAAGUUGCAGUCAUUGGCUACAAAAAAUCAGCCAUUGAUCUAGCUGUAGAAUGUGCAGAAGCAAACCAAGGGCCCGAAGGGCAGCCAUGUACCAUGGUAGUAAGGACACUUCACUGGACUGUUCCACAUUAUUCAGUGUGGGGUUUGCCCUUCUUCUUGUUCUACUCUACAAGAGCUUCUCAGCUCCUCCAUGAAAAACCCAACCAAAGCUUUCUCAGGACCAUGCUUUGCUACCUUUUAUCUCCCCUGAGGCGAGGGGUUUCGAAAUUCAUCGAGUCUUACUUGCUCUGGAAACUUCCAUUACUGAAAUAUAGUUUGAAACCAGACCACCCAUUUGAAGAAGAUUAUGCAUCUUGUCAGAUGGCCAUCAUGCCAGAAAAUUUCUUCACCGAGGCUGAUAAAGGAAACAUUGUUUUCAAAAGAUCAUCCAACUGGUGGUUCUGGAAAGAGGGAAUUGAGUUUGAUGACAAUACUAAAAUGAAGGCCGAUGUUGUGAUCCUUGCAACUGGUUAUGAUGGAAAGAAGAAACUCAAAACUAUCUUACCAGACCCUUUCCGUAGUUUAAUCGAAUAUCAUCCUUCAGGAAUCAUGCCCUUGUAUAGAGGUACAAUCCAUCCACUGAUACCCAACAUGGCUUUUGUGGGUUAUAUUGAAAGUGUCGCAAACCUUCACACAUCAGAGCUGCGUAGCAUGUGGCUUGCUCGAUACGUGGACGAGAAGUUUAAGCUCCCGAGUGCUGAAAACAUGCUGGAACAGAUAUAUAAGGAGAUGGAGGUGUCGAGGAGGAUAACCAGGUUUUACAAGAGGCACUGCAUUUCCACGUUUAGCAUCAACCACGGGGAUGAAAUCUGUGAAGAAAUGGGGUGGAAUUCUUGGAGGAAAAGAAGCUGGUUCGCAGAAGCUUUUAGCCCGUAUGGCAGUCAGGAUUAUCGCCUCAAAAACUAAAAAUUCAUCAUAACACUCAUUCUUUUUUAAAUUUGCAUCUCAAAAAAUAAGUGUAGAAAAAGUAGAAGUAAUCAUCAAUUCAUCGUAAAGUGUCAUUCAAUUUCAAUGUCCUGUGUUUUUUAUAUAAUUUGUA